UUGCAAAGCAGUGACUCUGAAAAUGACUUGGGCGGAGGAGACUGGAAAUAAGGCAUAUGUUUUUAACACUAAGGGUAAUUAACUACUGAACAACUUACCAAGGCUUGUGGUGAUUUAAAAGUUCCCAGUGAUAGAGAAUCCAAGUUUAGAUGCUUUUGUGAAAGAUAAGCUGUAAUUCAAACAGGAAUAAAUUCAGGGAAGUCCUAUAUUAUGCAGGAGAUCAGAGUAGAUGGUCACAAUGGUUCCUUCUAGCCUUAUGUUAUGUAUGAAAUACCCCACCUCCUUUUAACUAAGCCUCAGUUCCUCUCUACAUCCACAAUACUUAUUUGAAGCUGAAUUACUUCCACUUUGUAAGGAGGAAGAGCGUUUGUGGAGGCAAUACAUUCACAUAAUAAGAGUUACUGCUGGUGAACUUCUUUUUCCUUCUUCCUGACUCUCCUUCAGUAGGGCUCUGUAGCUGCUGACUGGUUAACAGUGACUCUUCUCAGGACAAGGGCUGAGGAACUCUGCUAGUUGAAUAGAGGAAUUCAUGAAUGUGAACCAGAUGCCACAUACAGCCAGAGGUCCUGGAGAAAUACCCCAAUACACCUAUGAGCCAUAAAGAGAUUCUUCAAGUUAUCCAGAAAGAAGGACUGAAAGAAAUCAGUGGGACUUCUCCUCUUGCAUGUCUGAAUGCUAUGCUACAUACAAACUCCCGAGGGGAAGAGGGCAUUUUCUAUAAGGUCCCAGGGAGAAUGGGAGUUUACACACUGAAGAAGGAUGUUCCAGACGGAUUAAAAGAGCUGUCUGAUGGCUCAGAAGAGAGCAGUGACGCGCAGUCAGACUCUCAAAGCUCAGAGAGCAGCAGCAGCAGUAGUAGCAGUGAUGGUGGCAGUAACAAAGAAAGGAAGAAAAGCAGAUGGAAAAGGAAAGUGCCCUCUAGACUGUCACAGACAUGCUCCCCGCCGUCAGGUUGCCCGUCUCCUUCCAUCCCAGGGGGUAAAGUCAUCUCGCCAUCCCAGAAGCACAGCAAGAAGGCACUCAAACAGGCCCUGAAGCAGCAGCAACAGAAGCAGCAGCAGCAGCAAUGCAGAGCAGGCAUGCCUGUGUCUUCUAACCAGCAUCUUCUGCUGAAGACUGUGAAGGCAGCCAGUGACUCCACGCCUGCUAAACCUGCUUGGGAAGGAAGGCAGUCAGAUGGACAAUCAAGCAGCCCUCAGAACUCCACCUCCAGCUCCUCUCCCUCUGUUAAGGCUGAUAAUUCCCUGCCAGGCUUGGGGAAGAAACCAUUCCAGAGAUCUGACAGACUCCAUGCAAGGCAGCUGAAGAGGACGAAAUGUGCUGAAAUUGAUGUGGAAACACCUGACUCCAUCUUAGUGAACACAAAUCUGCGGGCGCUGAUCAACAAGCACACAUUCUCUGUCCUACCCACAGACUGUCAGCAACGGCUGCUGCUGCUGCUCCCAGAGGUGGACAGGCAGGUUGGGGCAGACGGUUUAAUGAAGAUGAGUGGCUCAGCACUCAACAAUGAGUUCUUCACUUCAGCUGCCCAAGGCUGGAAGGAGAGGUUGUCAGAAGGUGAGUUCACCCCAGAAAUGCAACUGAGAAUACGUCAGGAGAUUGAAAAGGAGAAGAAGGUGGAGCUAUGGAAGGAACGGUUCUUUGAGAGUUACUAUGGUCAAAGUUCUGGAAUGAGUCCGGAAGAAUCCAAGAGACUGACAACAUACACCAGCACUCCUGAAACACAGGCCAGGAAUCCACCAGCUGAACAGAUGAAAUGCAUGCCAGUCUCCAAGGCACCACCCAGUAAAGAAGAGAGAACUCCUCUGUCAGAGUCUAAAGCACAAGCAGUGCAGGUACCACCCCCAGCAGUGAAAAAAGGAGGAGAGGAAAAAAGAGAAGAUGUGCAUCCCCAAUCAGUCAAACCUGCAGCAUCAGCAAAUUCCUCAGAUAACAAUGCACUGAAACUUAAUGACCAAACUCUCUCUAGGCCGCUGAAGGGUACUGAGGAAUCCAUGCAAGAGAAGCCACAAGCUGCCUCUGGUCAGAAGCCAGAACAAGACAGACAGCACACUCCAUCCAAGGAUCUGUCAGUAAAGGAGGACACAAGCACCUCCGCCUUGGCCCCAAACAAACCAAAGAUCCCCAAAGCAGGCGAAGCAGUGGCGAGCAUGGCGAGUCAAGUGACUCCACAGGAGACACCUAAAAAGGAACACCCUGCAACUGAACAAAUGGAUGUCAGUGCUGAGGGCCUCAAGAGGAAGUCAGAGAGUCAGGAAGAAGCACCAAUCAGUCCUGAAAAAAAGCCACGAAUCAUGGACAGCUGCCAGUACCAGCAGUCAUUUCGGACCCAACCACAGUCCUUUCCUGCGGCUGGGGAGGGGGCACAGGGGCGAAAGGUUCCCCCACUCAAGAUUCCUGUCUCCAGAAUCUCCCCGAUGCCAUUUCUUGCUAGCCAGGUCUCUCCCAGGGCUUACUUUCCAACCUCUGUCACCAGUCCUGGAAGAACAGGGGCCAGGACUUUGGCAGACAUCAAAGCAAAAGCCCAACUGGCCAAGGCCCAGAGGGCAGCUGCUGCAGCAGCAGCAGCCGCCGCUGCUGCCUCCAAUGGGGGAGCCAUCCCAGGGCCUGGUCCAGGAGGUGGUGGUGGCCCAGGAGGGGGAGGAAGAGAGGAGAAGAGUACUACAGCAACAAAUGGAACCAAUGAAACUGGAAUUAAAGGCAGUGCACUGGAACUGGCAGGAACUGGAAGCGGGGGAAGUACGAGAAGGCCUUUUCCCCAUUGUCCAGGGACCCAUUCCCAAGCGGAGACCCAGGCCACAGAGCGGACAUCACCUCUCAGUGUCUCUAGAGCACAACUACAGCAAACGCCCACAGUACAAUCCAGAACUGCAACCAGCAACAAAGGCAAAGAUUCAUCAUCACCAGCUCCACCAGCAUUAGAGAAAAUGAACAGAAUAAAAGUGAGCCCUCCAAAUGUGACUGUAAGUCAGGUUUCCAGACCAUCCGUGGUCUCAAGCCACAUCUAUACACUCAGUAAUGACAGACAAGAGAAAGCACCUUCAGCUCCAGCAGCUCUAAGCCAGAUCUCAGGGGCACCACCUGUCAGGGACGAAGCAGUCUAUGUCAAUGUAUCCAGAGCAGGUGCUGACAAAAAUGUGACUAAGUCAGCACUUACUGCCACCGAAGAGAUCAGCUUAAGUAUUCCUAAGAGCAAACCUCUUUCCCCUCGGAUGUCUUCGCAGGCAGUGGUAACCUCAGAAACUCAGGCUGCUGUUAUGGUAGCAUCUACUAUCUCUACUCCAUCCUAUAGCACUUUGUCAGUAGCCCCUAGCCUUAAAGUACAUAUAGCUCCCUUGAGCACAAGUGGGCCCCUCCUGAAGACAAGCUCCAGUAUUCCUGCUAACAAUCCCUUGGUCACCCAGCUGCUCCAAGGUAAAGAUGUCCCACUGGAACUAAUCAUGCCUAAGCCUCUCACCAAAGUAGAAAUGAAAACUGUCCCACUAGCUCCAAAUGAAUCAAAAGGGUCGGCAUUUUCCAGUGCCACAAGCACAGCUGGGAAUGGCUCUGGAGGGGAAAGUGGUGAGAGACAAUCAAAUUUAGCCAUGCAGCAACUUGGAAAGAUAUUUUUCCCAAGCAGGCAGUUGCCCCAUGUUCCAAGGACCUUUCCCCUCUUUUCCGGAAAGGACCUGAGGAGCACUAGUAUUGACCAAUACCAGUGCCAAGAGGCACUCGACAAAGCCACUCAAGAGCAGAUCCUUCAGACUCUUAUCAAGCGGGUCCAGAGGCAGAAUCUAUUCUCAGUCUUGCAGCCUUCACAGCUCAGCCUCGUUCACUCAGGUUUCCAGUUAGACAACAGCUCCACCAGUCAGAGAUUCAUGCUGGGUUUCAUGGGCAGGAGGACAUCCAAGCCUGCCAUGUCUGGCCAUUACCUGCUGAAUAUUUCCACCUAUGGUCGCGGGUCGGAGAGUUUCAGGAGAGGUCUGUCCAUGAAUCCUGAGAACCGCUUGUGUCUGAAUGAUCCUUCCGAUGAUCCAAAAAUAGAAUUUGGGGAAUGUGAAGAAAUAGCUGGAAGCGGUAGCAGCAGUGAUGAAGGAGAUGCAGAUGAUGAGAGUACUGGUGAUGAACAUGAACAUAUCAUUGUAAAAGAGGAAUCCCUGGUUUCCCAGGUCUCUGGCCAGCAUGAAAGAGAACAGAGAUCACACAGUGUAAACACUUCUUCAGAUUGCAAUUUGCCUGUUAGACAGAAUGUAAAGAAGGAGGCCAUCUUAUCUCAGCAAGCAGCAGCCAGCCAGGAGAGUGUUCACCAGUUCCCAGGAGGCCAGGUGUUUGAUGGAACUGCAUUAGCAAGAGAUUUAAUUCAGGCAGCCCAGGAGCAAAUGGCACAUGCUAUGAGGGGAAAAAUGAUGCACAGCAAAGCUGAGGCUUACAGCACUUCUGCACCAUCUGCAGACUCUGUGUUGCAGCAGCCUCCACUGCUUUCCCAUUCGCACCCUCCAAAGCUAUAUGGAAACACUGCAGCACAGCUCAUUGGUCCUAGUUAUAGUGGCACUAUAAAUGUCUCCACCUCUCCUGACGUGAACCAAGGGUCUCUCAUGACUGGGCUAUCCGAGUGCAAUCAGUUGGCCAGUAGCAUGGGGAACGUCAUGUCUUUCUCUGUGACUGUAACCACCAUUCCCGCCAGCCAGGCUAUGAACCCUGGCAAUCACAAUCAGACCAUCCCAGUUCAAGCCUUUGGUGAUGACAACAACAUGGAGGAUUCGCCUUCUAAAUGCUACUGCAGGUUGAAAGCCAUGAUCAUGUGCAAGGGUUGUGGUGCCUUCUGCCAUGAUGACUGCAUCGGCCCCUCUAAGCUCUGUGUCUCCUGCCUUGUAGUACGGUAACUGAGACAUACGAGAAGAGGAGAAGGAUGGCUUGGUUUUGUGCCUCCUUUUGAAAUUCUUCACCGGAAGAAAGAGGAGUUUUACUGCCUUGCACAAGAGACACAUUACUGAAUCAGGAAUACAGAGUAGCGUUCUUCUUUCAUUGAAGAAAGAGCACCUUGUUGUAUAGUGAGUCUAAGCGAGCUCAACUAUGUGAAUUGUGACAAGAGUUUGCACUUAAGGAAUCAUGUAAAUAUGUCACAUUAUUUUGUUUAAAAAUUAUUUUUUCAAUCUUUUAGGAGACAAUGUUUGACUUGUACUGCAGAUUCAUUAACCACACCUCCUAUCAGUCUCUAUCCCAGGUUAGCCUAAGCUCUGCUCUAUAUUAAUGAGAGAACUUCCAGCCAAACUUUAGCCCCUUGGUCUUUCCAUGGCAAAAGAGAAGAACAGGAAAAAUUAAAAGAACUGGGAGCUCGAAAAGAUUUAAGCCUUUAUACUAUCUGGCACAGAAUUUUGAGGUUUGGAGCAUCAGUUCAGGGUUGGCUCAGUCUUUUGUUAAUUCAGAUGUUUGGGAAGUGGGAGGCAUUA